UUGAUUUUUGUCAGAAUGUCUCUGACACACAGCUGAUGUCAGCAGUAUAGUCAGUUCGCUUUGAAGAAUUUAUAGUUUUUCGGGAAAUUUAUUAACAUUACAAUUAGAGUUGAAGAUAGUCUUUAGUGAUAGUUAUGUCGUGAUGAUAAAUUGUAUCUAAUUGGAGAAGAAACAGUGUGCGAUAGUGAUAACAAAUUAUCUGGUGUGCAACUUUUGCUGAUUUAAAACUCAAGGGUUAUGAGGCUUAAAAGUCUAGCAUUUAAAAGACUUAUAUAUUUUUUCAAUAUUUAUAAAGUAAUUCUAAACAUUUAUGAUGGCUAGCAAAUGCAAGGAAUGCGGUUGUGCUUGCUCUCGAUGCAUUAAAAACGAGAGAAGACUCAGUGAUAUGCAUUUACAUGCGGAAAUUGAAAAUCUUCGGCAACGUUUAAUGGAACGGGAUAGUCACAUUGUAACAAUGGAAACACAAUUUUUAAAUGAAGCUGACAAAUUUCCAAAUGGUGAAAUGGCCUCAUUGAAAGAUGAGAUGCUCAUUUGGCAGGACAAGUAUGCAAGACUUUACGAGGCUCAUAAGAGGGUGCAAAAAGUGAAUCAGAAUCUAGAGGAUAAACUCUUGAGAAUCGUUGAUAAAUGUGAGACUGAGAAAGGUGCCUUUACAAAGGACAUAGCAACUCUAUCCCAUAGAUUAGCAGAUGCAAACUACACUAUUCAUCGUUUAACGCAGGAUAAUGAAAAAUAUAGGAAUGAUGUUAACUUAGCUAUUCAAUUGCUGCAGUGCAAACCUUCGAAUUUCAUAGGUCAAAAAUACGAGUCGUUACCAUCCGAAGUGCAAGCCAAAGUGAGAACCUACAUUGCCCAAAAAGGACCGAUUUCCGAACCGAAACAAAGUGACGUUAAAAGUAUAACUGUUCCGAUAUCAACAUUUCCACCAACUGCAAUGGUUUACAAUGUAACAAGAGCGAGUAUUUCAAAAAGUGAUAGCUCAAGUUCAGAUGAUGAUCCAAAACCGCCUGUUGACAUUGUCUCGGCAGCAAUAAUGGCAAAAGUUCUUGAGGAUCGUGAAAAGGAGAGAAUUUUCGCCAGACAUUGUGAUACAUGUACUUGUCAUAGAAGCGUUUUAAAAGUCAAUACCGAGGUGCAAACUGUAAAUGUUUUCAAUACAUGCAACGAAUGUCAAACAAGACAGGAUUCAUCUCGGAGCAGUGAUGAUAAAACAGAAAAACCGGAUUAUUAUAAAAAUGAUCGUACCUCUAAAUUGCAUUAUAAUCAAAUUCGAGAUUCCUAUUCACAUUCAAUAUUUCCCGUUGUUAAUGAUUGUUCAAAAACAUUUAGUAAAAUAAGAACACAACAAAACAGUGAUAAUUCAAAAAAUGCUAUUUAUCAUUAUGUGAAUGAAGUUGCCGAGAGUAAAAAUAAUCAAAAAUUUGAUAAUACCAAAUCGACAAAUCGUUUAUUUGGUGGAACGAAAAGUUAUUCCAAUUCGAAGAAUACAAUGAAACAACAAAAUUCAUUGAAUAUAACUGCCGAGACGAAACUUUUGUCAACGGAAAAUUCUGAUGAUAAACUAGAGGAAAAGGCUGAUCAGAUGAAAUUAUCCAAGAAACAUAAUCAAUGGAGUGACAUUGAGAAAGCUUCAUUAGGUGGACAUGCUGCACAAGUUGAAAUAAUAAAUGAUCGUCUUUGGAAAAGCAGUUGGACAAAGUCAGAUUUUCAUGAUUUUAAUCAUUCAAAUGAUGAUCGUCGAACACGAACCGGUAAAGAUACGCACAUUGAUGUGAUUAACGAUAGAGUUUGGAAACAUAAUAAAUCAAAGACGAAGGAAGCAAAACCAACUCAAUUGACUCUUAUUAAAGUGGCAAGCGUUGAUGAAUUGACAAAUGAAAUUAGGCCCGAAAGUACAGUGAGUCCGAGUUUCAGCAGUGAUAGUAUUAUUUUUUCCACUUCAGAUCCAUCCAGUAUUUCCAGUGACAUGCAAUCGACAAAUAAAUGUCUUUCCAAACAAGAGAAGAAAAAUUGCAAUAUUGAUCUUCAAGCUGGUAAAUCGGAACGAACAACUGGUCCAAGAAGUAGUGUAAUGAGAGUAACUGGUAAAUCGAAUAAUAUUCUUUUAGACAAUGUGGGAAAUUAUCAACAACCAAUUCUCACUGAGAAUUCAGUUACCUUUCCAAAUACUGCACUAGUUCAUACGACAAGUUCGUGUCGAUCAGGAAGAACUGUGUCAACAAGUAGCGAAGAGAAUUCAUCAAUUUUAUCACCUGACAAUGUUCAUCUUCAAAGAGUCGCCGAUUGGGUGAAAUCUUCAGUGCAACUUGACAAACAAUCAAAUCAAUCGGAUAAAUUGUCAAUAGACACGAAACAUUUUAAUCAAUUUUCAAGAAAUGAAUCGCUGGCGAUUAAAGAGCAAGUUGUCGUUGUUGACAAUGUCGCAAAGAAUUCUGAGAAGAAAGAAAAAGAUCUCAUCAUAUUCGAUCCGAGUAGUGACGAGGAAAAAGAUUUGAGUGAUUUGAAGAGGAAUUCGAAGGAAAAUUCCCCCCUCGCCGAUCAUUAUCAAGUUGCUAAUAUUUCGAUAGGAAAUUCAACUGCCGAUAAUCAUUACGAAGUGAAAGUGACAAAGGAAAUGGAGGAGACGUAUUUAAAAUUGACAGCAAGUCUUGAUCCUGUUGCAUUGAGAUUGGCAAGCAUGACUGGUGCUGAUUUAACCAUCGAGAAAUACAGGAAAGAUCACAAACGUCUUCAGAAUCAAAAAAUUCCAUCAAAAUCAGAUUCAACGACGUAAUAUUGGAAUUUUCGCGAAAGGUUAAUUUUCAUUAGUUUCUUAAAAUUUGCCCGUUAAUAUUAUUUAUAUAAUACAAAGUAUUUAAAAUAAUUUAUUAACUAUAAAGUGAGUUUAAAGAAUUCUUUUUCUCUGAAAAUAAUAGAAUAAUAAUUUUAUUAUUAUACUAUUGUUAAUCGUAUUUUUUAGACUCAUUUUAAAACUAGAGUUCUGCAUUCACUAAAUUUUGCAGAAGAUAAAUAACAAUGUGAUAAUUUCAUUUUUGCAAUUAUGUUACGAAAAACAUAGUUUUUAGUAACUUAAAAAGUAACUACUUCUAAUUGAAAUUGAAAAUUUGACGAUUUUGGAAAUCAUUUUUUUUUUGGAAAAUUGUUUUAAUAAUUAAUGGAUUUUAAUUUUUUUUAUAAUAGAAAUAGAGUAUGAAUGUUAUAGGCUUUGCACUCUUCUACUAAAACUCUUUUUUAAAAUUAACUACUUUUUUUACUCAUUUACUAAAACUUACUAUUAAUUACUUUUUUACGAUUUGCUACUAUUUGAAUACUUUUUUAGAUUUUUGCCACUAAAAGCUACUUUUUUCUUUUUUUUUGGAGAAUUCUCACUACUUUAAAUCCGUAAAUAGUUGAAAUAAAAAUUUUUUUAUUUAUUUUCUUCAAUAAUCAUAAAUUCUGUAAUUUAUUGUUCAAUUAUUUUCACAAAUAAUAGAUUUAAGACAGUAGUCUUAAAUCUAUUUAUUGCUACUUUUUAAAAAAUAAUUAUCAAGUGCAGAGCCUGAUGAUAGAAAAAUUUAUUCCUUAAACUUUUCUUAACACUGACAGUUGAAUUAGUUUUCUAUUAAUUUAGCAUUUUAUCUAUGAUUUUUUUAUCACUCUUAAAAAAUGAGCACAUAUUAAAAUACAGUAUUAAAUUAAUUUGCUCACAAUAUAAAUCGUGACAAUAUUUUUAUCUAUUUAAUACUUGUGGAAAAGAAUGAAAAAUUUGUAUUCGACAUUUGAAUUUAGCGCCAUUAAUUUAUAAUUUGGUAAAAAGUAAAAACUUUUGGGUUGGUACUUCUGUCGUGAUUGAUAUAAACCUAACUUCAAGAGGUCGCUCUUAAAAUUUGACUUGAGUUUUGUGUGGUUUUGCCAUUUUUUGCAGACUUCACUGUUUUUUAAUUAAAAAAGAACAUUAAAUAAGUUUUUAAUUAUUUAAAUAUUGUGUUUGAAUAUUAAUUCCAAUUGGAAUAUAUUUUAAUCAGUAACUUCCAAGAAGUGAAUUUUUAUGUCUCAUUUUUUCCUAAAUACACGAUGCCAAAUACAAUGUAACAAUGAAAUAUGCAAUAGCAAAAGGUAUUAUUUAAUUUAAAUAAUAAUUGAUUAAAUUUUAGUAUCAUUAUUAAUAAUAACUCUGUAUGAACUGGAUGUUCCUCAGGAAAUUGCCUAACUUGCUUAGAGCAGACAAUAUUACAUUUAUUUUGAUAAAAAGUGAACUCUUUCUUCCUACAUAUAGACAAAAAAGAAAAUGUGAAAAUGUUUUUAAUAACUGUAAAGAAAAAUAGUUUUUAAGUUACAAAUGACAUCAAUAUUUUCCUUCUAAAAGUGUUAAAUAAUAGAUUCUGCAAACUGCGUGACGAUAAGGAAAAAUUAUUUAUUAUUAUUUUUUCAGUUUAAAUGGAAAUUAUUUUUUAAAACAAAGAGAUGGAUUUAGAGGUUAUAUUUUAAACAAAAUUAAAAAUUCUCAUUUAUUUUAAUUUUUACUUUUUUACUGCUAUUUAUUAUUAUUACUGUUAAUAUUUAUUAUUUGUUUUAUUUUUUAUUUUUUAGAUGAAGUAAAUUAAUUAAUUAUUAAUGAAGUAAACUAUUGAUUGACAUAUUUGAAAAUCAUACUUAUUACAUGUUUUUAUUAUGCCAUACGUGAAAUAUUUAUUUGUCGAAAUUAAUGAACAAUCCAUCUCUAAAUGGUGUCGAUAAUAAUUGUAUUAAAAGUCGACUUGCAACUUGCUAGAAAUAUAUAAUAAUAUAAAAAGUAAAAAUCAUCAAAUAAUAUAUCUUCGCCGUUGUAAUAUAAUAUACAUAUAUGACAAAUAAUUGAUUCUAUAGAAAGAAAAGUAGAGUUAUUUAAAAAGAAGCGAGUUUUAAUUAUUAUUAUUCUUAUUAUUAUUAUUAUUAUUAUUAUUAUUAUUAUAUAAUAAAACAGUGAAUGUAUUGUUGUAAUAUAUACAUAAAGUAGAGCAGAAAUUAUUGUUUACAUAUUCGACGUGUAUAUAUAUAUUGAAUUAUGUACAAUAUACGCAUUUAAAUUAGGUAUACGCCUAAUUUGAAUUUUUUCAUUUGAA